AUGCCUACCAGUGCCAGAGACAUCCCAGUCCGCAAUGCCGACCACAACAACCUGCAGCGAACCGUCUCUAGCUCAUUUGGAGCUGCAGACGCAUUGUCGACCAGCCCAGUCCUGACCUUCCACAGCCCUCAGAACAGCUACAGUGGCCCGCCGAAGGCCUCCGCCAAACAAUUGAAGCCUUUCCAGACGACCGACAUCAAGGUGCUACUGCUGGAGAAUGUGAACUUGACCGGACAAGAUAUCUUGAAAAAGCAGGGAUAUCAAGUGGAGGCACUGAAGAGCUCGCUUCCAGAAGACCAGCUCAUUGAGAAGAUUCAACAUGUGCAUGUUAUUGGUAUCCGCUCGAAGACGCAUCUCUCAGCGAAUGUGCUCAAGCACGCCAAGAACCUGAUCGUGAUCGGCUGCUUUUGCAUCGGAACAAAUCAGGUCGACCUCCAGUAUGCUGCAGAGCAAGGUAUUGCUGUCUUCAACUCGCCAUUCAGCAACUCGCGCUCCGUUGCAGAGAUGAUGAUUGGUGAGAUCAUCACUUUGGCAAGGCAGAUCAGCGAUCGCAGCAUGGAGAUGCACAAUGGUGUGUGGAACAAAGUCUCAUCUGGCUGCUGGGAAGUAAGAGGAAAGACGCUUGGUAUUGUUGGAUAUGGACAUGUUGGUGCACAGCUCUCGGUGCUCGCUGAAUCACUGGGCAUGAAGGUCAUCUACUAUGAUGUCGUAAACCUCAUGGGCCUGGGCACAGCACAGCAAGUGCCAUCUCUUCAAGCACUCCUUCAAGGUGCCGAUUUUGUGACACUUCACGUGCCUGAGCUUGAUGAGACCAAGAACAUGGUCGGCGAGAAGGAGUUGGAGCUGAUGAGGAAUGGCGCAUACCUGUUGAACGCCUCAAGAGGAAGUGUCGUCGACAUUCCUGCGCUCAUAAAAUACAUGCAAAACGGCAAGCUUGCAGGUGCGGCACUCGACGUCUAUCCGAAUGAACCAGGCAAGAAUGGUGAGAACUUCAACGCACAGCUGAACGACUGGGCCCAACAAUUACGUGGGCUCAAGAACCUGAUCCUCACACCGCACAUCGGAGGCUCAACAGAAGAGGCACAAUCUGCAAUUGGCGUCGAGGUGGCAGAAGCUCUCGCUAACUACGUGAACUUCGGUACCACCGCGGGCGCUGUCAACAUGCCAGAGGUCACUCUCCGAUCAUUGACCAUCGAGGAGCCCAACCACGCUCGUGUCAUUUACAUCCACAAGAACGUUCCUGGUGUGCUCCGAAAGGUUAACGAGGUAUUGGGAGACCACAACGUCGACAAGCAGAUGACCGAUUCGAGAGGCGAUGUUGCAUACCUCAUGGCUGAUAUCUCGAAUGUGAAUGUCAGCGAUAUCAAGGGCUUGUACGAAAAGCUGGAGGAUCUGGGAAGCCGGAUCAGGACCAGAGUGCUCUACUAA